GGUCUGCCGGCGUAUUCGCAGGGUUCUCAUUUGAACUGGGGAUGUCUACGACAGAGGUUUUAAUCCCGGACUAUAGCUCUUUAGGCUCAACUCAGUCUACCGACUUGGAAGACUCGCAGUUAAAAAAAAGAAUUUGGAACGGAAAGAUUGCCCUUCAGUUUGACCUUGAUGAAAAUGAAGUUACUACCUCAGAACUCCCACAACCUUUUUUUAUUUUGGCCCCCCGGGGCACAUAUAUACGUCUUAUAACUGAAAACGUUAGGCGUUACUUUCAAGACUUCUCUCAAGAUUUAACGGACAUUUCAGACGAAAUGUGGUUUUCCUACAAAAAUAAGCCAUUAAAAUGGCAUUACCCCAUAGGUGUGCUCUACGACUUAAACGCAACUGGAGACCCUCUUCCUUGGAAGAUAACUGUUCACUUUUCUUUCUUUCCUGAAGACGAAGUGCUCUCUUGCAAGGUUGAACAGUUAGAAAAAGUCAUAGAGAGUUAUUAUAUAUCCAUGAUCAAAGAGAGCGACUCAAUAAGAUUUGGAACUUCAAAUAAGUCACAAGCUUUAGAAAAAAAGAGUUUUCAAAUUUUGUGGAGUAGUUUUAGAAAACAGUACACAGAAAACUCGUUUUCGCAUUUUCAGUCCGUAAACGAGAAGUUGGUGGCUUUAGCGGAUAACGAAUACAUGAAAAACCUCCCCUUUAGAUUAUAUGAAAGGGGAACUAACGUAUGCAUGCAGCCUUUCUCGCCUUACCGCACUGAAAAGGACAGUAAAACGCUUCUUGAGUUUCUUCUUGAGAUCCGCCCGGACAUCAUUAAAAAUAACAACCUAAUUCCUGGGUACAGGGUCCUAAUCCAAGGAGUGGAACCCCCCUUGGACACGCCAAUGCUCUGGCUCAGCGACGUUUGCACUCAUCCUGAUAAUUUUCUUCAUAUUGUAAUCGACCAUAAAAAUAAUUUUUGA